GCAGUUCGGCGUUGGCGGAAGUUUGCGGCACAAGGAAGCGCGGGCGGAGAAGCAACAGGGGGUUGGGGGCGUCCGGUGUCCACGAUUCAGCCAAACAUGUCUGGAUUCGAAGCGAACCCCUUCGCCGACCCGGUGGAUAUCAAUCCUUUUCAGGAUCCAUCAGUAACCCAGCUAACUCAAGGCAAUAAAGAAGGAAUUGAGGAUUUCAAUCCAUUCAGUGAAAACACUCGGCUGACUCCCACAUUGGGUACCACAGUGCCAGCUGCACAGAAGACUCCUUCUCAGCCGGCUAUCCUGCAACCUACAGUAGAGCCCAGCCCUCAGGCCACUGCUUCAGCUGCACAAUUGGCGCUGCUUCGGCAGCAGGAAGAGCUGGAGAAAAAAGCUGCAGAACUGGAUCGCAAGGAGCAAGAGUUGAAUGAAAACUAUAAUCCGAAAAGAAAUAACUGGCCACCAUUUCCUGCAUUUUGUCCCAUCAAACCCUGCUUUUACCAGGACUUUUCAGGAGAAAUCCCAGCAGGUUUACAGACGGUCGUUAAAAUGUUGUACUACUUGUGGAUGUUUCAUUCAUUUACACUCUUCUUGAAUCUUCUGGCUUGCCUGGCUGAGUUUAUUGUUAAGCCAGAGUAUGGAGUAGACUUUGGCUUGGCAAUCUUAUGGUUUUUACUCUUCACUCCUUGUGCUUUCAUCUGCUGGUACAGGCCAAUUUACAAGGCUUUCAGGUCUGACAGUUCAUUCAACUUCUUUUUCUUCUUCUUUGUGUUCUUCUGCCAAAUUAUUCUUUACAUCAUCCAGACAGUGGGAAUCCCCAAAUGGGGCGUCAGUGGCUGGAUUGCAGCUUUGAGUUGGAUUAGCUCUAACAUCGCCGUGGCUGUCAUUAUGAUGGUGGUGGCAGCCUUCUUCACAUUGUGCUCAGUCUUGUCCUUGGUUUUGCUGCAAAGGGUGCAUUCCAUUUUCCGCAGAACAGGUGCCAGCUUUCAAAGAGCACAGGAAGAAUUCUCACAAGAUUUCUUCGCAAACAGAACUGUACGCAACGCUGCUACUUCUGCUGCAACUGCUGCUGCACAGAAUUCCUUCCAAGGAAACUAAAUAUUGGAUACUGUUUUUCAUCCUUUCUCUUUGUACGAGCUUUAUAAACAUGCACUUUCAUUGGACAAAGAUGUGUAUUUGUGUGCCUACUUGCAUGAAUUUGGAAAAGCAUAGUUGGCUUCAAUCAAAGAGUUUAAAAAUAUGGUUUUGGUGUUGUCUAGGAAAACAGUGCUCGGAAAAAUAUAUUUUUUCACAUUUUUCUUGUUUAUGAAGGAUCAUUGGCCAAUGUACUAAUAAAAUCAAGAGAUGUAUGUAUCAAGCUAACUUUUUAAAAAGAAAAAUAAUUUUGUAAGGAAUGGGGAUUUAACGACCAUCAAAUUUAAUGGCAUCAAAUUUUAUCUGACGUAUUGUUGAACACUAUGGCCUUGUGUACAAUGUGUUUGAAUCUGCUGUAAUCCUAAAGCAUUACAUUCAUCCUGUAUAAACCUUUGGGUGGAGGAGGACUUUAAUUUUGGUUCAGAAGAUUUUUUUUCAGACAUAGAAAUGGUACUGUGCUACAAAACUGGCAGCAUCUUUGAUCUAGUAGUGUUACAGAAAGCUUCAAGUACAGAAAAGGCCUCCGAUUAUAAGGAAAUAUUAAAGUAAUUCAUGAUGUGAUGCUUUUUCUUCUGUAAAAAAAAAUCAGCUGUAUGGAAACUGAGUAUUUUGGGGUAUUUAAGGUAUGUUUUUUAGUAAAUAUUAAUAUUCAUUUGUAUUUUUUUCCCAUUAAACCAUUUAUAGUUUUGCUUGCUGUGUUCCCAGAAACACUAAUUCCAUUCUAAGAAUCAUGUCUGUACAGACCAUUUCCUUUUUAAAUUGUACCCAAUGAAAUCUUAUGAAUAGAAUAAUUGUAAGAUAUCCCAAGUGUUUUACUUGCUGUUCAGAUGAAAUUUUGAUUUGAUGUGUAGACUCUUAACUGAGCUUCAUACAGUGCAUUUGAAAUGCUUUCUCUUCGUGUUACUUUAUGCUUGAGGGGGAAAAAAUUCCCUUUACUGUCCCCUUCUCAGUUUCACACACACACACGCAUACACCUCCUUUUGAUGAGAUUAACUAAGAAUUAGUUUGAUGCCUUAUUCACAUUGUGCAGUGGAUCCCUAACUACCAACAUAUUGAGAAAAGUUAUUAAAUCAGGACUUCCCACCUUGGAUUCCUUUUUAAAUCAUUUGUAUUCCAAAACCUUGACAGUCAAAAGUAUUGGUUUUUGUUCAUGCAUUGUACUUUUUCCUCUUUUUCUCUUCCCUCAAAGAAAACUCCAAUUCUCCUCUGGCAAGCAGGACAGUCCAGUCUGAAUGUAUGUGACUACUGCUCUGGUUGUUUCAUCACAAGCUGUGUGUCUCACUUGUUUCUCACCCACUCCCUGACCUUAAUCUAAUUCCUUACACCAAAACUGCCCACUCAUGCCAUGACUGCCUAAACUGCCCUCUCUGGAAAAGCCAACUGCAAAUUUUGGUUGAGUCUGGCAUCUGAUCUCCAGUCUCCUGUUGUGGAAGUCAAUGCUCUUAUCACUAUAGCUCCAGCCUGGUUUAAUUAUGACUAGUACAGUACUUCCACAUUGUCUCAUUCUCAUGCCUUUUUGUUCAUUGUAAAAUCAUUCACCAUUUGUAAACUCCAAGGGCUAUUUUGUACUGUAUAGUGUAAUUGCAACCAAAGUGUUAUCCAGAGUACAGGCAGUUGCGAAACUUAUUUGAAUUAUUCAGACAUCUCCCGUUCUGCAGGUUGAUCAGGCAUGGUUCAGUGCUAUGCUAAAAAGUUGAGUUAUGGGUGCAUCAACAUAGUACAAAUUUAGAUGGAAAGUAGUAAAAUAUCUAUUUUAGGGAUUGUUGCUCAACAAUGCCCUUGGGAGUUUCUAGAAUUUAAUUGGAUGUCUUUAUAAUUGAAUAUUGUAUGUAUUACAAAUAAUAACAAAUGAGCUGAUGUAAUUUUUUGAUCUGAAAAAUGUAUGUGGAAUGUUCUCUGAAUGUUCUCUCUUAUAGAAUGUGUAGGGUGGUGCCUUUUCAUUGUUCUACAAAAAUCCAUGUAAAUCCUUUAAAACAUUUGUGCUUAAAUAAAGCCCUUUAACCCAGUUA